AUGGCCCAGAUGUUGGCAACGCCCGUCGCUUCUUCGCUGUCCAUCGUGAGCAAGGGCGGAGCGGCGGCAGGUGUCGCUGCUUUUCUCCCCGACGCCGUCUCCUUCUCGAAAUCCUCCGCCCCCAAGGUUUGCUCCCUCUCUCACUCUCUCCCUCUCCCUCUCUCUCUAUCUCUCUGUACUCGCUUCCGGAAUUCUUUUCUUUGACUUCUCCGCCCGUCGGGGUGUGAGCGAUGGCAGUACGGGGGGCUGAGCAUCCGGUGCGUCCGUGUGGGAGGUGUGGAAAUCCCUAACAACAAAAGGGUGGAGUACUCUAUUCAGUACAUCCACGGCAUUGGGCGGACGAGGGCGCGACAAAUCCUGUGCGACCUCAGCUUGGAGAACAAAGUGAUCAAGGAUCUCACCGAGGAGGAACUGAUCACCCUCAGGGAUGAGGUCACCAAGUACUUGAUCGAAGGCGACCUGGUUAUUUCCUGCACUCAUCUGCAUUUCCCAUGGCCAUGGAGAGUUUAUUUCCUUAUCGCAGAAGAGAAUAAUCGCUAUACAUUGAACCCCGGUUCCUUUUUCUCGCCACUUCUGUGGACAGAAACGGUUCAACAGGAUGGCCAUCGAGAGGAUGAGGGAGAUCAGGUGUUACCGGGGAGUUCGUCACGAGCUCGGACUCCCUUGCAGGGGCCAGCGCACCAAGAACAAUUGCCGCACACUGAAGGGCAAGAAGGUCGCUGUUGCCGGCAAGAAGAAGGCAUCCCGUUAA